CAGCGGUAUCGCUGAAGUCACUCUCUGGGUUCAACUCUCGAUGAGGCUGCUUAUUCAUUGUGUGCCUGGGCGCGAAUUUUACUGUCUCAGACGGCCCAAGGGAUGGAGGAGAUUGUCGGCGCUCGAGUAUAAUAAACAGGGGGGGGGACGAAGAACAGCCCCAUCAUACUUGUACCGGCACUCAAGCACCAGAUUUCAUGUUUUUGCCACCGCAUUUUUUGGCGUAUGAUACAGUAACGAGUACUUGAGUACCGGUACCGGCAUUUUGUCCCCCCCGCUUGAGCCUCUGGCCUUAGCUUUGUGCUAUCGUAACUUAAAUCGGGGCUCAUACUCCGCUGCUUCGCUUACAACGUCCUGAGAACCUGCUCGAGUAGGGUUUCUGAUUUUUGAUAACACUACCCAUCCUUUCACCCCCUUACCUACUUACGACACUCUCACCUCUCUCACUCGCGAAAAUGGCAUCUUCAUCCUCUUUUAGCCCUGGAGAUUGCACCUCGAUGCCAGAGCAGCGGCUCACGGGCGAGAGUUCUUCUACGCGCAGCUCCAUUAGUGAGCGGUCGCCACCACCGACUUUUGAUCAUACCCAUAGAAAACUCAGACCAAGGCAUAUUCAAUUGAUUGGUAUUGGGGGGACCAUCGGAACGGCUCUCUAUGUCUCUAUUGGGAGAGGACUGAUGCAGGGUGGACCGGCAAGUUUGUUUAUUGCCUUCACAUUUUGGUGUACAGUGAUUCUAGGCGUCAACAAUUCCAUGUCAGAAAUGGUCACUUAUUUGCCGAUAUCCUCACCAUUUAUUCGUUUUGCUGGUCGUUUCGUGGAUGAUGCUUUUGGUUUCGCUGCCGGGUACAACUUUUUCGUCUAUCAAGCGGCCCUUGUGCCAUUCGAAAUAGUUGCUUGCAACGUUAUUAUCCACUAUUGGACCGAUGAGAUUCAUGUGGGAAUCGUUAUCGCCGUUGUUCUGUUCUGCUAUGCAAUCAUCAACAUAUUCGGCGUUUCAUGGUACGGUGAAUCUGAGUUUUGGUUAGCCCUCGGAAAGGUCAUCCUUAUCCUCGGCUUAAUCGCAUUUACCUUUGUGACCAUGUUGGGCGGAAACCCGCUAGGGGAUCGUUACGGAUUUCGGUAUUGGAGGGACCCUGGACCAUUUGCAGAGAAUAUCAAGACUGGUGAUUUAGGUCGCUUUCUCGGUUUCCUCGCAUGUCUCAUCCAGGCAUCCUUCACCAUUGCCGGUCCAGACUAUGUAUCCAUGGCAGCAGGAGAAGCGGAAAACCCGAGAGUUGUUCUCCCGAGAGCCUUUAAGGCAAUCUUUUACCGUCUUACCUUCUUCUUCGUUAUGGGCUCUUUGGCUGUCGGAAUUGUCGUCCCAUACAACGACCCUGCUCUAGCUGCUGCGUUUAGGGAAGGGAAGCCAGGAGCGGCUGCUUCGCCGUAUGUAAUUGCGAUGGACCGCCUGCGGAUCCCGACUCUACCACAUAUUGUUAAUGCGCUGGUUUUGACCUCGGCAUUCUCAGCGGGAAAUUCAUAUGUAUACUGCGCUAGCAGGAGUCUAUAUGGGCUUGCGCUGGAAGGCAAGGCACCUAGAGUAUUAGCACGAUGCACAAAGAGCGGUGUGCCUAUAUACUCCGUAGCGGUUGUCUUAGCAAUCGCCCUUCUAUCGUUCCUCCAAGUCUCCAACAGUGCGGCCGUAGUCCUCCAAUGGUUUGUUAACCUCGUUACCGCCUCCCAACUAAUCAACUUCUCCUUCAUGACCUUCACUUUCAUAAAGUUCAUGAAGGGACUCAAGGCGCAAGGAAUCCCGCGCGACUCACUACCGCAUAAGGGAUUCUUACAACCCUACUGCGCUUGGUACUCCUUCGCUGCUACGACGAUCAUGUGCUUCGUUGGCGGAUACACUGUCUUCCUCCCGGGGAACUGGGACAUCCCCACUUUCUUAUUCUCAUACACUAUGAUCAUAAUUGUGCCAGCGCUAUUUGUCGGCUGGAAAAUCACACACAAGACAAAGUGGCGGAGGUCCGAAGACAUAGACUUAUUACAGGAUAAGGAGGAGAUAGAUCAGUACGAUAGGGAUUACUUUCCAAAGCCGCCCCGGGAUAAAUUCAUGAAAUAUUGGGAUGAGAUUUUCGGUUAGUUGAUUGGAUCACUGGCGAGGGGGGUUGCGUUGGGUUUUGUAUACGCUUUUUACCUGUAUGUUUAUGAGAGACUGUUUUUGUUCAGCUGGUCUUGCCGAUAGAUUGUGGAUUUGAAUAGACAUGAUGCCAAUUUCGCCGAGAAA